AUGUUAUUCUACCUCACGGCCCUAAGUCUUGCGCGAUUCCUCACGGAGGAUCCUCCCACUCCCAAAAUCGAUGAGCCAAACGUGGCUUCUUCGUCGGAUGCAAACGUGCAUCCGAAAGUUGAUGUGCAAUCGGCUUCGUCCAUUGAUGCUUGGCACCAUUCAGAUUUUUUAUGUAGAAAUUACGUGUUGAAUGACUUAUCAGAUUCAUUGUACAAUGUGUACAAUGAAAAGAAUACGGCCAAAGAACUAUGGCAAUCUCUUGAACAUUCAAGACUGGUCAUUAAACAAGUUCAAGAGAUCCAAGUUAUUUUGCACGAAAUGCAUGCCGAGGGCAUGAAUUUAGGAGAAACUUUCCAAGUGGCGGCUAUUAUUGAGAAGUUGCCACCGUCUUGGAACGAUUUCAAAAAUUACCUUAAGCACAAGCGAAAGGAGAUGAACGUAGAAGAAUUGGUAAUUCGUCUACGCAUUGAAAAAGAAAAUAAAAGCGUCUCAAAGAAAUACUUUAGUCAACAUGUGGCUAAAGAAAAUAUGGUUGAACAUGGUAAAGACAAGAAGAAACAAAAUUCUUUUGUCAAAAACUGGAACCUUAAUCCUAAAGGAGGAAUUUAUGAGAAGUUCACAGGCAAGUGUUUCAAUUGCAAUGGCAUGGGCCAUAGAUCUUCCGAUUGCAAGAAGUGGAGAAGAGUUCGAGAGGCUAACUUGACUCAAGGAUUAUCGGACAUGGAUCUAUGUGCGAUGAUAUCUGAGGUUAACUUGGUGGGGGUCUAA